AUGACAAAAGUUAUGAAUAAUUUAAGUAAUAAAUAUGUGGAAUUUGUUAAAAUUAAAAAUAAAUGGAGUGAAAUAUACAAUGAUUGUUGUGACGAUAAUUGUAUAAAUACAAACAAACCUACUGGAAAUUGUAAUAAAGGAAAUGGAUUUGGAAAUUUAAUUAAUGAUGAAAAUAUUAAAUAUAUUAAUUGCUUGGAGGGGAAUGAAGGUUAUGAUAAUUUUGUCGAUGUUUAUGCAGAAAAUUCAUUCAAAAACCCACAACGUUGCUUGAAUUAUUCUUUAUAUUAUUUUGAAGUUAAAUGUAUAUUUGAAAGAAAUGAGGGCGAAGUUAAGAUGUAUAUUGGUUUAGUAAAUUUUAAUAAAAAUAAAGGGAUUCGGUAUUCUGCAAAUAUUGCUAUAAUUUUAAACGAGAAAGAUGAAGCAUUUGAAACUCCAACACCUUUCAAUAAUAAUGAUAUUUUUGGUUGUGGAUUAGUUUAUCCUCCAACUAACAUGACGAAUAAAUUUCCUUAUGUAUUCUUUACUCAAAAUGGAAAUCAAAUUGGUAAAGGAAUAUUAAAGGACAAUUUCAACUCAUAUAAACCUUAUGUUGACUUGUAUCGUUGUUCAAUUGAAGCAAAUUUUGGAAAUAAUUUGGAGUCAAAACCAUUUAAUUAUGACAUUUCAAAACAUUCAGUUCUUAAAAAAUUUUAUUGA